AUGGAGUGCAUGACAAUCAGAAGUGCAUAUAACAUAAGGUGCUUCUCACCUGUUCGGGGGAGAUGCCAACAAUUUCCAAAACCUUUUGUUGGACCUCACGUUUAUAAAUUCUCAAACUUCCUCCACCAAUCUGACAGUGCAACAAAAGAAAAGGAAAAAAAGUUUUUCAUUACAACCUGGCAUAGCCUUCAAGCUUGUGCGCAUGCAAAGAUAAAGGCCAAGUACCUCAACCCCAUUGUAGACCAUGUCAUAAGCAAGUGCACGAGCAGAGGAAAGGUCUUCCAUGUCUUCCGGAUUGGGAGCAGUGAACGGGUGGUGCAAGGCCUGCCAGAAAACUACAAUUUCAAGGAAAUGGAAGAAAAAGAUAGUACAAUACAGAAUGUGACUGGUGAUGACCUGAUGACACUAUUUCAAGAGACAAAAUUGAUGAAAGACAAACCUCAAGCCUCUGCUCUGUUUCGUUCCACUCAAACAUUGGAAAAUCAGUCACCCACAGAAUUGAAUGCCUGGACUAAAACAUCAGAGGCAGAGAAAAAGAUAAAUGCCAACGAAUAA